GCCAUAUCCUAAUAGAGCAACAGUUUAUCUUCUCGCUUUCUGCGACAAGAAAAAAAAAAGAAAUAAAAGAGUUCACCAACAAAUAUCAACAAUGGAGCUCUGUAUCGGAACCAGUAGCUCCGCCAAGGCCCUCCUCCUCAACCGCUCCAUUUUUCGCAAAAACUCCAUUUCUAUAUCGGACCCUUUUCUCCGAUUCAAGAAUGGAAGCUCCAGUUGUUCAAGAUUGUCUUUUCUUCCUCGUCAGAGGCACUUCCUUCAUGGAAAUUGUUGUCCUUUUGUCGCUUCGGCUUCUUCUUCUUCUUCGUCUCCGGUGGCUACCGGAGAAAAGAAAGAUAAGCUUCCGGCUAGUAUAGAAGUUACGGAGACUGAAGAGCCCAAUUAUAGACUUAAAUUGAGCGUAGAAGUUCCACCUGCCGUCUGUGAUGAUUGUUACAAUAGAGUUCUAAACGAGUUCAUGAAGCAAUCAAGGAUUCCGGGAUUUCGCCCGGGGAAGAGAGUUCCAGAAAGUAUUCUGCUAAGUUACGUUGGGAAGGAACAUGUUCAGAAGGCUACGGUUGAGUCUAUCUUGAAGAGGACCCUUCCUCAUGCCAUGUCUUCUGUGACGGAUAGGGCUUUGAGGGACUCAAUCCGCAUUUUGACCAAAUUUUCUGACAUGGAACAGAGCUAUGCUACUCUCAAUUCUCUCAAAUACGAUAUCAUCGUUGAUGUGGCACCCGAGGUCAAGUGGAUUCCCGAGGAUGGGUACAAGAACUUGAAGAUUGUUGUUGAGAUAGACAGUGACAUAAAUGCUCAUAAAGCUUCCGAGCAAGAAGUGAGACGUCGACAUAAGUCCCUAGGGACAUUGCGGGUUGUAACUGGCAGAGGACUACAGAUUGGUGAUUUGGCGGUCCUCGACAUAUCUGCAACAACAAUAGAUGAAGACGAAUCUAAUGUUGAAAAAAUUCCAUCUGCUGAAAGUAAAGGUUUUAACUUUGAUACGGAAGAUGGUGAUAAAGUACUGCCUGGUUUCCUUGAUGCAAUACAUGGAAUUAGUGCAGGAGAAACCAAGUCCUUUCCACUUGUCUUUCCUGAAUCAUGGAGACAAGAGAAUCUACGAGGAGUGCGUGCGCAAUUCACUGUUGAAUGCAAAGAAUUGUUUUACAGAGAUUUGCCCGAGUUGGACGACGCCCUUGCUGAUAAGAUUCUUCCUGGAUGCACCACCCUUGAACAAGUCAAGGAAUUAUUGCUUCAAAGGUGCCUAGAAGUGGAGCAAACUGCGAAAGAUCAAGCAACGGAUAAUGCCAUUCUUGACCAGCUCUGCAAGAUGGUGGAGGUUAAUAUUCCGCAAUCCUUGUUUGAAGAACAAGGAAGACAGCUAUAUGGAGCAAAGCUUUUAGAGAUACAGGCAAAUGUGAAACUAAACGAUGAGCAAUUAUCGUCUCUGUCAAGUCAAAAGGCAGUGAACGAGUACCUUGAACACCAGAUGGAGAACAUAACAAGAUUGAUAAAGCAGAAUCUAGCUGUUGGGGAUAUAUUUAAGCGCGAGAAUUUGCAGUUUUCAUCCGAUGAGCUUGUCAAAGAGGUUGAGAAUUCCAUUGCCGAGUUCAAGCGCCAAAAACAAGAAUACGACGAGGAUCGCAUAAGGGAGCAGGUCCAAGAGAUUCUAGAGGGAGCAAAAGUGCUUGAAUGGUUGAGAGAGAAUGCAGAGAUUCAGUACAUUACAAGGUGAGAGAGAGAGAGAGAGAGAGAGAGAGAGAGAGUAAUGGUGGUGUAGACUGUAGAGGCAUGUUGCCACUUCUCAAAAUUUUGUUUCUCCCUUAUUUGAUGUUGUAAAAUUUUUUGUGCGCUUUUUAUGUACAGCAUCAUUAAAAUAAAGUAGGAGAAUACAAUAUUCAUAGGAAAGCAUUUACAUGCUUUUUAAUCCUUGUAAUAAACAUAUUUAUAAAGUCACUAAUUACUCUGUCCACCUACU